AUGUCGGCCAUCCACCAGGCAACCUGCACGGCGCCUGUAAACAUUGCGGUCAUCAAGUACUGGGGCAAGCGUGAUACACGCCUAGUUCUUCCUACAAAUGAUAGUCUCAGCGUGACGUUGGACCAGGAUCACCUUCGCACGGUGACGACCGCACGUGCAGAUCCUCACUUUACAAACGAUCGUCUCUGGCUGAACGGAAUCGAGGAAGAGAUCAAGUCUGCCGGUCGUCUGGACUCGUGCCUGGCCGAGCUUCGUCGCCUGCGUGCGGACCUUGAGUCACGCGACGCCUCGCUCCCGAAACUCUCGACGAUGAAGCUGCAUGUGUGCUCGGAAAACAACUUUCCCACUGCUGCGGGCCUUGCAUCGAGUGCAUCCGGCUUUGCCGCACUCACUGUCACUGUCGCAGAGCUGUAUGGUCUUGGUGAAGACUUCUCGCGCUCUGCCCUAUCCAAAAUUGCGCGUCUCGGCAGCGGCUCGGCGUGCCGCUCCGUCUUCGGCGGCUUUGUCGCGUGGGAAGCUGGCGAGCGCGGAGACGGCGCUGACUCGCUCGCUGUUCCUGUUGCGGAGCGUGCACAUUGGCCCGACCUGCAUGUUUUGAUCUGCGUCGCAAACGAUGCCAAAAAAGGCACGUCAUCGACCAGCGGGAUGCAGCGCACGGUAGAGACCUCGCCGCUCUUGCAGCACCGUAUCAAACACGUCGUUCCGGCACGUAUGAAGGCGAUGCGCGAUGCGAUUGACAAGCGUAACUUUGCCGCAUUUGCCGACCUAACGACCACCGACUCGAACAAUUUCCAUGCGUGCUGCCUGGAUACCGCGCCGCCGAUCUUUUACAUGAACGAUACCUCGCGUGCAAUUGUGCAGCUCGUAGAAGAGAUGAACAGGGCACGUCACGAGGCGGGCCAGGACGCCAUUGCGGCGUACACAUUUGAUGCCGGCCCCAACGCGGUGCUCUACGUGCGCGAAGCCGACAUCGGCACCGUUUUACGCGCCGUGCGGCACUACUUCCCCGACGCUGACUUUGACGACACCUUCAACAUGCUCGGGGCCGGAGCAGGCGCCUCGCAUCGUGGGGAGCCGAGUGAACAGGUGCUUCCCGUCAUGCCACCUUCUUUCAACGCCAACAUCAUCCCCGUGCAUCCUUCUGGGAGUGUGCGGCGUAUGAUCCAUACUCGUGUUGGCGAUGGGCCGCGCACGCUGGAGCACGGCCUGGGCGACGCGUCGAUGCUCGACGAAGAGGGCAUGCCAAAGCGUACAAAGCGUGCCAAGCGCGUAUAG